AGCAUUAUGGAGUGUACAGUUGCGAAGGCUGCAAAGGUUUCUUCAAAAGGACAGUACGGAAAGACCUCACGUAUACCUGUCGAGACGAGCGUAACUGUAUGGUCGACAAGAGACAGAGAAAUCGAUGCCAGUAUUGUCGCUAUCAGAAGUGCCUAGGCAUGGGCAUGCGCAGAGAAGGUGUAACUCUCCUUACAGCUGUGCAAGAGGAGCGGCAACGCAAGGACAAGCCCACCGGUGACAGUCAAGUCGAGAGCACAAGUGGGGCUAGUAACGACAUGCCUGUUGAAAAGAUCUUGGAUGCAGAACUAGCGGUGGAACCCAACAACGGCCCCUAUGUAGAUACUCCGCGUGACCCCGUGACAAACAUUUGCCAAGCUGCCGACAAACAACUCUUUACCCUGGUAGAAUGGGCCAAGCGAAUCCCACACUUUACAGAACUGCCUCUGGACGAUCAGGUCACGCUCCUUAGAGCAGGUUGGAAUGAGCUGUUGAUAGCAGCCUUCUCACAUCGUUCCAUCCAAGUAAAGGAUGGCAUCCUCCUUGCCACAGGGCUCCAUGUCCAUCGUAACAGCGCCCACAGUGCAGGGGUGGGCACCAUCUUUGACAGGGUGCUCACCGAGCUCGUCGCCAAGAUGAGAGAGAUGAAGAUGGACAAGACAGAACUAGGUUGCCUCAGAGCUAUCGUUCUUUUCAACCCAGAUGCAAAGAACCUGACCUCGGUACAGAAGGUGGAGGAGCUAAGGGAGAAGGUCUACGCUUCUCUUGAGGAAUACUGCCGUAACCAGUACACGGACGAACCCGGCCGCUUUGCUAAGCUGCUCCUUAGACUGCCUGCCCUGCGCUCCAUCGGCCUGAAAUGCCUGGAGCACCUCUUCUUCUUCAAGCUCAUUGGAGACACGCCCAUCGACACGUUCCUCAUGGAGAUGCUGGAAGCGCCCAAUAACAGUUGAGGGAUUGACUGAAGGUGUUGUCUUAAGGACAACCCAGAUCUAGGAGAUCAUGAACUCUUUGAAAACUCUCUUCAAGGGAUUCUUUAUUGUGAUGGUUUUUAUCCACUUCAGACUCGCACAUCCUUGUGGAUGUUUCCGUGCCGAGUUCGUCCCGUCUUGUCCUCGAGUAAGGUUGCAUCACAGUCCCUAAUGUAUUAAAAACAUCUGCCAUUCUCGACUGGACCUCAUACUGAAGUGAACUGUGUUAAGACCACGUCAGCAGAGACUAACGAUUUGAGGUCUUUGCUACAGUGUCUGUGAACUUUGUACAGGCAAUCACCAUGUGGAAGCUCUUCUUGGGAUGCAUUCAUCGAUUCAAACUGUAGCUUCAUUGCAUCGCCAUGAUAAUGACAUGUGGUGUUGUAAUGGUGUUUCUGAUGAAAUAAUCUUAUGUGUGAACUUAAAAACCUGAAUAUCAUUUUGGUUGGGAGAGCAGAAAACUGGAAAUCUAUUUUGUGAUUGAUUUUCCAUCCUUUUCUGCGAGUAUGAUAACUUUGCCUCUAUCAUAUAAGAUAGGAAUAGAUUCUAAUAUUAGCUGUGAACUAUUAGAUCCUCUUUUUCCUGGCAAUAUUUACCAAGGUCUACCUAAAUGAAGUAGUAGAAAAUGGAUUGGCCCACAUCGGAAUUAAAGUGCUAUCUUAUUCUCUAAAUCAAUGUUGGGACUUUUAAAGACCAAUUUCUAAUUUGAACAUUUCGUUGAUAAAACUACUUUUUAACAGGUAUUUUUUCCAUCCUUGGUAGCCGCUUAAUUUAUUCUGCCACCAUAUUCUGGCGUGUUGCCUGGGACAUCUUAUACAAAUAGUCUAAUAGAUCACAAAUUUCAAACAAUUCUCAUUGGUUGAUAGUGGGGGCUACUUGUCAGAACUUGCUGCCUACAUCUGCUACAUUUGAUAAGCUUUAAUAUUACAGUAAGUGUGGGUUUUCUGGGGCUUAAAAAAAUAGUUUUCUGGGACUCUUUAGAGCAUUGUCCCAGGCUCCCGGAUAACCUUUUCCCCAGUAAUUUUAGCAGUCUGAUAAAACAGGCUACAAACCUCAUCCAUUUUGAGAAUGACCUUAACAAGAAUGUGUCUUGAUCAGAGAGAUGCAUGUGGCUCUCUUUCUCCUACUC